AUUCAUAAUUAUUAUUAUUAUUUUUUAUAAAAUAAAAAAAAAGUAGUCCACUUUCAAAUUUUCUUCAUCUUCUUCUCUACUUUCUCCAAAUAUUAGAAAUAGAAAGAAAUUUUUUUUUUUAUAGUUUUUUGGGAUUUAAUUCCAACAUGAAUGAGAAAUCAAGAGUUUCAAAGGAGCUUAAUGCUAAACAUACAAAGAUACUUGAGGGACUACUCAAAUUGCCAGAGAAUCGAGAAUGUGCUGACUGCAAAGCCAGAGGUCCAAGAUGGGCUAGUGUGAACUUAGGAAUCUUCAUAUGCUUGCAUUGUUCCGGUGUUCACAGGAGUCUUGGAGUACAUAUAUCAAAGGUAAGAUCUGCUACAUUGGAUACUUGGCUUCCAGAUCAGGUUGCGUUUAUUCAAACAAUGGGAAAUCAGAAAUCGAAUAGCUACUGGGAAGCCGAGCUGCCUGCCAAAUCCAACAGAGUUGGUAUUGAAAAUUUUAUCCGAGCAAAAUAUGUGGAGAAAAAAUGGAUACUACGAAAUGGGAGUGUGAAAUCAUCUCCUGGUGGGAGAGGAGAACGUAAUUCGGCUAGUAAACCUAAGACUGAAAGGGAUGCAGAGUUUAUCAAGCGGAGCAUGUCGUUUUCUCAAGAGAGGAAAUCUUCUCCAUUACCGGAUGCAGAUAGAACAACGCUUGCUUUGAGGAACAGAUUACAUAAUGCACCUUACGAAUCACCUAAGCAGCUGGCUGCUCCUGAUCCCAAACCAGAAGUUAUUCAGACUGCAAAACCGGUAGCCUCCGUGGAAGAACCAAAGCCAAAAGCUAAUGUUUCUCCUGAUCCCCGAGAAAACGUUCUUCAAAAUGUAGAACCAUCAAUCUCUCAAGUCGCAAAAGCAAAGCCGGGUCUCUCCCCAACUGUAUCAACCGUUACCAUCAACCAUGCUGCUAGUGUUUCUAAAAGUUAUACAGAAGCCACGAAAGAAAAUGGAUCAGUUUCCAAAACACAGUCCGUUGCAAGCCCCCAGCCAGCAGAACCAAAAGCAGUAAUCCAGCAGAAUGCUACUAUAGAAAACAAGAACAAAUUUGAUGCUGGAAUUGAGGAACUGAUCAAAGAUUUUCAAUGGAAUACACGGCCGGUAUCAGCAAACCCCUUGAACAAUGUGAUUAAUGAGCAGCAACAAACGUCGCUAGCUCCACAUCAGCCUCAGCUCAUGCCUGCUACGAUGAAUCAUUUCAGCGGUUCACAAACCGCCUAUCAAUCAUCAAACAGUAACCAGUAUAUUUCUCAAAACUGGGGAAGCAUUGGCACUCAGAUCCAUGGGGCUAAACAGAUGGGAGGCACUCAAUAUAUACACGCGUCUACAUCACCAGCCUAUGCUAUGAAUCCCAGUAUGUUUUCUGCAAUGCAAGUAGUGCCAAUGAAUGGAACAGCAUCAACAGGAGCUAUUAGGCCUUUAUCAAGUUUUCCAACAGUUCCUGUUGUUUCAAUGCAAUCAGGAUAUAAUUAUGAUUUUUCAUCGUUAACACACCAAAUGUUAUCAAGACGAUAAACUAUAUGUACUGCUCGAUUAUUAAUUGCGAUUUUUUUUCGAUUUAUUUAGAAUCUGCAAAUAUUGUAAAUGUAUACACAUUGUUACAUAAACUUCUCCAAUUUUUUUCUUAUAGGUGUUGAGCAUAACAGGGGAACUAUACUUGUGUACAAUGAA